GAUCAUGCUGCCGCGCCUGGCUCAUGCGCUUUGUCUCCAGCCCUGGGGCUGGCGGAGAAUUGCCGGAGAAUGAGUGGUGCCGCGAGCGUCGGGCGCACCCAGCAGGUGCCGGCACUCCGGUUGAGCCAGCACCGGCCGCGCCCGGUGGCACAGAGGUCGCGACACCGGCAGGCACCCAGCUGCGGCCACCUCUUGGGUGUGGCGGGUCAAGGGGCCAGGGUCUCCGGCCCGAGAAGCUGCGGAGCCACGUGCAACACGCGCGUUAGCCUCAGCCCGGGCGGGGACCGGGCGCAUCCGGGGCUGCGGGGAGGAGCCGGGCGCCGCCCCCGGGCGGCAGUGCCAGCCGCGUGGGAGGGCACGGACCGGCGAAGGGGCAGACGGCUGAGGCGGUCAGGCAGGGAAAGCGGAACCGAGUGAUCGGCCGAGGCUGGCUGGCUACGGGUGGGAUUGGCAGAGCUACGGGGACAGGUGGGAGCAGUGAGACAGCCUGAGAGAGGGAGAGCGGAAUGCAAAGAGAGCGGGAGCGUUAAGUAGGCAGAGCGAGAGCGAGAGAGCGAGCAAGAGCACUCGCGUGCUCCCUCCCUCCAGACGUCCUCCUCUGACCGAGGGAAGCGGCCAGGGGCACAGAGUGGGAGAGAGACUGGGCACAGACGGCCGGAAGAAGGACGGAGGGACCCUGCCUUGCUGGUGGGACGGAGGGACGCGGAGGGACGGACAGACCAGCCCACAGACCGGCCGACCGCGAGAGUGGCAGCUUGGAGAGCAGAGCGCAGGAAAACGAAAAUCCCGCGCUGAGCUGCUGGACUGACCGACAGACCGUCAGACUGACAGACUUGCAGACCGACUGAAAAGCAGACAGGAGGCGGGGGCACGUUCCUUCCCUGCGGCCAGCCGGGCAGAGAAGGCGGCAGUGGCGCCCUCUGAGCGUGUCCGGAGCAGCUACCAGCAGCAGGGGCAGCGGGACGACAGCAGCAACCAGCGCCGUCGCCGCAGCCGCAGCGGUGGCUGCCACAGCUGUGCGGGGAUCCCAGCCUACACUGCAGAAAGCUCCUUUUACUAGCAGUUAAAUAAAUCGACCAAAAAAAAAAAAAAAAAAAAAAAAACCAACCCAAAAACCCAACAACAAAAAAGCCAAGCGCCAAACCAAACAAAUCAAGCCAAAUCAAUCAUUGAGAAACAAUAAUUAAAAAAAUCAAAAACUAAAUCAAACCAGUCAAGGCACCAAGACGCAGGGGGGAUAUCCACUGUUCGAUCAAGGUUGACGAUGAUGUGUCACACUGUGUAAGGGAAUCGUAUGGAGAUGGGCAUUCCGAACUGUUAAUGGGGACAUGGGACUCCAGUUGUCUCUGAUCACUGGUGUGGAUUUUCCUGCUGUAGAACGACAGAAGCCGCUAGUAAGUCGCCAAGACCUAUAGCAGGAAUUCUGCGUGAAAGGGCAUAAAACCUUGUCGUUUUAAUUUGUACCUGGGAGAAUGUCUGAGCAAGGAGACCUGAAUCAGGCGAUAGUGGAGGAAGGAGGGACUGAGCAGGAGACGGCCACCCCAGAGAAUGGCAUCGUGAAAUCGGAAAGUCUGGAUGAAGAGGAGAAGCUGGAACUGCAGAGGCGGCUGGAGGCUCAGAACCAAGAGAGAAGAAAAUCCAAGUCAGGAGCAGGAAAAGGUAAACUGACGCGCAGUCUUGCUGUCUGUGAGGAAUCUUCAGCCAGACCAGGAGGUGAAAGUCUUCAGGACCAGGAAUCAAUUCAUUUACAGCUUUCCAGUUUUUCCAGCCUGCAAGAGGAGGAUAAAUCUAGGAAAGAUGACUCUGAAAGAGAAAAGGAAAAGGAUAAAAACAAAGAUAAAACCUCUGAAAAACCCAAGAUCAGAAUGUUAUCAAAAGAUUGCAGCCAAGAGUACACGGAUUCUACAGGCAUAGACUUACAUGAGUUUCUGAUUAACACAUUAAAGAAUAAUUCCAGGGACAGGAUGAUACUCUUGAAAAUGGAGCAGGAAAUUAUUGAUUUCAUUGGUGACAACAAUAAUCAUUACAAAAAGUUCCCUCAGAUGUCAUCAUAUCAGAGGAUGCUUGUCCAUAGGGUGGCAGCUUACUUUGGAUUGGAUCACAAUGUGGAUCAAACAGGAAAAUCUGUUAUCAUCAACAAGACCAGCAGCACCAGAAUACCAGAGCAAAGGUUUUGUGAACAUUUAAAAGAUGAAAAAGGUGAAGAAUCCCAGAAGCGGUUUAUCUUGAAGCGAGAUAACUCUAGUAUUGAUAAAGAAGACAAUCAGCAAAACAGAAUGCAUCCAUUUAGAGAUGACAGACGAAGUAAAUCAAUUGAAGAGAGAGAAGAGGAAUAUCAGAGAGUGAGGGAGAGAAUAUUUGCACACGAUUCAGUUUGCUCCCAGGAAAGCCUUUUUGUGGAAAACAGUAGGCUCUUGGAAGACAGUAACAUAUGCAAUGAGACCUAUAAGAAAAGACAGCUCUUUCGGGGCAACAGAGAUGGCUCAGGGAGAACAUCUGGAAGUCGACAGAGCAGCUCAGAGAAUGAACUCAAGUGGUCUGAUCACCAAAGGGCCUGGAGCAGCACAGACUCUGACAGUUCCAACCGCAAUCUGAAGCCCGCCAUGACCAAGACGGCAAGUUUUGGGGGCAUCACGGUGCUGACUAGAGGUGACAGCACAUCCAGUACCAGAAGUACCGGGAAGCUGUCCAAAGCAGGUUCUGAGUCUUCUAGCAGCACAGGCUCCUCAGGAUCACUGUCCCGCACCCACCCACCUCUCCAGAGCACACCCCUGGUCUCGGGCAUGGCAGCUGGUUCUCCAAGCUGUGUGCCCUAUCCUGAGAAUGGAAUGGGGGGCCAGGUCACUCCCGGCAGCACCAGCUACAUCCUCCUUCCACUUGAAGCUGCAACAGGCAUCCCGCCCGGAAGCAUCCUUCUUAAUCCACAUACAGGCCAGCCCUUUGUGAAUCCCGACGGAACUCCUGCAAUAUACAACCCACCCAGCAGUCAGCAGCCCCUGCGGAGCGCGAUGGUGGGGCAGUCCCAGCAGCCGCCGCAGCAGCAGCCCUCCCCUCAGCCUCAGCAGCAAGUCCAGCCUCCACAGCCACAAAUGGCAGGCCCACUGGUCACUCAGUCUGUCCAGGGGCUACAGGCUUCCUCCCAGUCAGUGCAAUACCCGGCAGUCUCUUUUCCUCCCCAGCAUCUCCUGCCUGUGUCUCCAACCCAGCACUUCUCUAUGAGAGACGACGUGGCAACACAGUUUGGCCAGAUGAACCUGAGCCGGCAGUCCUCGGGAGAGACUCCUGAGCCCCCGUCGGGUCCUGUCUACCCAUCCUCCCUCAUGCCACAGCCAACCCAGCAGCCAAGUUAUGUCAUCGCCUCUGCGGGCCAGCAGCUUCCUGCUGCGGGGUUCUCCGGCUCUGGCCCUCCCAUCUCCCAGCAAGUCCUCCAGCCUCCUCCCUCGCCACAGGGAUUUGUGCAACAGCCUCCACCUGCACAGAUGCCUGUGUAUUAUUACCCAUCUGGUCAGUACCCUACCUCAACCACGCAACAGUACCGGCCCAUGGCCUCAGUUCAGUACAAUGCCCAGAGGAGUCAGCAGAUGCCGCAGGCAGCCCAGCAAGCAGGUUACCAGCCAGUCCUGUCUGGUCAACAGGGGUUCCAAGGCCUAAUGGGAGUGCAGCAGCCUCCUCAGAGUCAGAGCGUGAUGAGCAACCAACAAGGAACUCCGGUGCAAAGCGUGAUGGUUUCCUACCCAACAAUGUCUUCUUAUCAGGUGCCAAUGACCCAGGGUUCUCAAGGACUGCCCCAGCAGUCAUAUCAACAGCCAAUCAUGCUACCUAACCAGGCAGGUCAAGGGUCACUUCCAACCAAUGGAAUGCCUGUUUACUGUAAUGUCACACCGCCAACCCCUCAGAACAACCUUAGGCUGAUUGGCCCACACUGCCCCUCCAGCACCGUCCCUGUGAUGUCGGCUAGCUGCAGGACAAACUGUGCAAGUAUGAGCAACGCUGGUUGGCAGGUCAAAUUCUGAGAGCUCCGGCUGUGGUGCAUUUCUUCAGAUAUUACUCAUGGCCUUUAAGGGAAGAAGAAGAACAUGGGAAAACUGGCUGAGGACUUAAGUAUUCACUCAACACUCAAAUGAUUGCUGCUGGUAUUCUGUAAAAAAUAAACAAAGACUAAUACACAUGUUAGCUGGUUAAUGGUGCAUAUUUCUGUCAUGUCUGCUAGGUAUGCAUUUAUAGCUUAGCUAGUGACAUGAAUUCAUCAAGGUAAGAUUUUCUCCUACCACUGAAUACCACUGUGUAGAUUAUAAUAUCCCUAAUUUGAAUUAGUUUUGUACUUUGUGUUGAGUUUGUGAUGCUAAAAGUAUUUAAAAAUUAUAUACUGAAAUCACAUUGUACCAAAGCUGUAAUGGAAAAGAAAAGAACUGAUGAAUGGAAGGAAUAAUUUAUAUACACUAUAGAGUUUUCUUUUUUAAUGGAUAUAUACUGUAUUGUAGUGUUUAACCAAAAUAAAACUAUCUGACCUUAUAAAGGAAGGUCAUGUUUUUACCA